AUGAAGGUGCGGCAAGUCAUUUCGGAGACACCACCGUCAUUCCUUGCCCAUUUGAAGGAAUACACUUUCAUCGAAAAGAAACCGUUGCGCUUUUGUGCGGAGCGACUGGCGUCUCUUGUCCGCACGCUGGAACUCACGAACAUCGAGGAUUACCAGCCUUUGCGAGAGGUGGCAACCUUUGCAACCCUAGUUGCGACAUAUGAAAAGGGCUUCUUGCUUAUCCUCGAGCCUUUUGAAUCGGAUACGGCGGAAGUCCCCAACCCUGUACUCCACUUCACAUGUUUAGACGCCGCGAUUGCUAUCAAACCUGUCUUCGAACGUUUCAGCAGCGUCAUCAUAACGUCCGGGACAAUCUCUCCGCUGGAGAUGUACCCGAAGAUGCUUGACUUUACAACGGUUGUACAAGAGUCGUAUAGUAUGACUCUCGCCCGGCGUUCUUUCUUGCCUAUGAUUGUCACCAGAGGAAGUGACCAGGCAUCGAUGUCCACUAGUUUCCAAGUCAGAAACGAGCCAAGCGUCGUGCGAAAUUAUGGCAACCUUCUAACCGAGUUUGCCAAGAUAACUCCGGACGGUAUGGUAGUUUUUUUCCCCUCAUACCUAUACAUGGAGUCAAUCAUCAGCAUGUGGCAAGGCAUGGGUAUCUUGGACGAGGUUUGGAAGUACAAACUUAUCCUGGUCGAGACUCCUGAUGCACAGGAGACUUCACUGGCUCUGGAGACGUAUCGAACAGCAUGCUGCAACGGGAGGGGCGCUGUGUUACUUUGCGUCGCCCGUGGCAAGGUGUCCGAAGGGAUCGAUUUUGACCACCAAUAUGGCCGAACUGUGCUAUCUAUCGGUGUUCCGUUCCAGUAUACCGAGUCGCGAAUCCUCAAGGCGCGGCUUGAGUUUUUGCGCGAAACAUACCGCAUUCGUGAAAACGACUUUCUUUCCUUUGACGCUAUGCGGCAUGCAGCGCAAUGUCUGGGCCGUGUCCUGCGUGGGAAGGACGAUUAUGGGAUCAUGGUUCUCGCUGACAGGCGGUACCAAAAGAAACGGAACCAGCUUCCGAAGUGGAUCAACCAGGCUCUGUUGGAAGCUGAUGCCAACCUCAGUACUGACAUGGCUGUCAGCAACGCUAAGAAAUUUUUGCGGGAUAUGGCGCAGCCUUUCCACGCGAAAGACCAAGAGGGUAUUAGUACAUGGAGUCCCGCAGAUCUAAAGAAACACCAAGAGAAGGCCGAUUUUGAUCGUAUAACGGAGCUCCAGGAGCAGGUUAGCGGAGCGGGAAUGGCACGUUAUCUUGGUUCAGGCAGCACACAAGCAGACAGAGACGUCUAUGAAGACGAGGAUAUGACCGCGGUCAUGAUGGAAUUGGAUGGCGCAUGA